ACCGGGUGUCAUCUGUUUCUCGCAAGCGCAUUUUGCGUGGGUGUUAUCGCGAACGGUCGGAUGGGAAAAUUGACGUUCGGUCGUCGUUGUUACUGGUUUCGACGACGAGGUUCUACCACGAGAGCCACUGGGAAAAUGUGAACGUAUGGACACCCGACGUUGUCUGUCCGACUCGACUCGGUGUUCAGUGUCGUCAGUUCGAUCCGGUCAGUGGGCCAUUCAGCAUGAAUAACGAGCGCAAAGAUGAAGGAUCCGUUUAUUCGGUCGGAAGUCAGAAUAAUCUGGUGCCGAUAAGAUCCAGGAAAACUUUCUUCAAGAAGCGAACUCAGAUUUCCAAUCUAUUGGUGAUAAUUCUUUGCUUCCUUGCGGGUUCCUUGCUUAUAACUGUUGUGAUGCUUGCGGUACUUUAUGCACGUAGCGGUAUGAUGAUGAAGAUAUGCGAUAAUGAAAAUUGCGUGCGAGUAGCGGCUAGUUUGAAGGAAUCUAUGGACAAAUCUGUAGAUCCUUGUGAUGAUUUUUAUCAAUACGCAUGUGGCAGAUGGGCGCAGGAGCAUCCUAUUCCGGAUUUCAGCAUGACGAAUUCUUGGUUCAGCGAACGCGCUCAUCGCGUGUUAAGAAAGAUCCGAGAAGAGCUAAAAGUCAACAUGUCUGCCAGCGAAGUACCCUGGGCAGUGAUGCAGGCUAAGACACUGUUCACCAGCUGCAUGGACGUGCAUACCAUAAAUGAACUCAAUUUGUCUCCAAUGUUCGAUUUACUGGAGUUAUUAAAUAUACCCUUAUUUCCUGGAAUCCAUAAUAAAACUAAUUACAUCGAACAAAUCGCCAGGAUAAAAAGAAUUCUGGGCUAUGAUGUUUUCUUUGGUUUCGAUGUCAUGUCCGAUCCAAAGAAUAAUAGCAGGAACGUGCUCUACUUGCAUCUUCCAGAUCAUUCCAAUCCUUUUCCUUUUAUCAAUAAAGAAUUGGAGAAGCGAUUAAAAACCAUCAGAUCACGAUUGCGAAAACUGGACGAUUUAGGGGAAGCCACAUCGAGCGAGAACGAAGAUGCCGAACUUACAUACAUGACUGAUGUUAUCAUGCAAGUUGUUAAUAAUGAUACUUUUGAUACAUGUACCUCAGAGGAUACAAUAACCAAAGAGGAUAUGGAAGGAUUUGCUUUGGCCCUUUUUAAUAUUAGCAACUCCUUGUAUAAUAUAGCUAGUAAAAAUCAAAAUUAUAGUAUUUCCAUAGAAGACUUGAGCGACAAUGAUUAUAUGUUCGUGGACGAUCUGCAAAAAUUGACUGAUGAAUAUGCGAUAGAUCAUUCAAAUGUAUCUGACAUUGAUCUUAAACCAAUUUGGCGUCCUUUUAUUGAAUCCAUUUUUGAGGGAAUCAUUACGUUGGAUCUUGAUAAAAAAGAUAAAAUUCUUAUCGGUAAUCUAGAAUACUUAAAAGAAAUUGCAUUGACAUUGGCUACUUACGAUGAUAUACUUUUGGAAAGCUACACUUGGUGGGUCGUCGUGGAUAUGGUGGUACCACAUUCUUCCGAAAAACUCAGGCACAUUUGGUAUGAGUAUGUGAAUAAAUUAACAGACGUAGAAAGUGGUGUAUCCCAGUCGUUAAUCUGUGCAUCAGUUGUCAAUGAAUUGAUGGGAAUGGCAGUAUCAAGGUUAUUCGUAGACCCAACAUUUCAUUCUAGUGAAGGUAAUAAAGUAUUAGAAAUGCUAGAAGACAUAAGAGAAGCAUUUGCUUCACUUGUCGUCCAAACUGAUUGGAUGGAUCAAUCGACGAAAAUGGCAACACUCGAAAAAAGUCAGAAAAUGGGCUCCGAAAUUGGAUUUCCCAAAUGGAUCUUUGACAAUAAGAUACUCAACGAGUAUUAUGAAGGUAUCAACAUGUCGGAAGUAACAUAUUUGGAGAACAUGAUACAAAUCGUUCAAUUGCAAUGGAAUAAUAUGUGGAAGAGCUUGCACGACGAUAAUUUUUAUAAUGAAUCAUACUGGGCUACAGAUCCUACUGACGUAAACGCAUUCCAUACUUUUCAACUUAAUCAUAUAACCAUACCUGCCGCGAUUCUUCAAUUUCCAUUUUAUGAAUUGGGUCUUGAAGCCUUAAAUUAUGGCGCUAUUGGCACAGUAUUGGGACAUGAAUUAACUCAUGGAUUUGAUAAUAGUGGUCGACAUUAUGACAGUAACGGAAAUGUCCGGCAAUGGUGGACUAAUGAAACUAUCUCAGAAUAUUCUGAGAAAACCCAGUGCUUUAUAGAUCACUAUAACACUUAUUACGAGGAUGAGAUUGACGAUUACAUCGAUGGCGAAUUGACCUUGGAUGAGAAUAUCGCCGAUAAUGGCGGCCUUCGUGAGGCCAUCAUCGCUUAUGAAAGAUGGAAGGCCCGACACGGUCAGGAGCCUCUACUUCCGGGAUUCACGGAGUUCACGCACGAGCAGUUAUUCUUCCUCUCCUUCGCGCACUUGUGGUGCGAAUCUUAUACUCCUACAUCACUGAAGUGGAUGAUGGAAGAUUCUCAUUGCCCUGGUCACGUGAGACUUAAAGCUGCAUUAAAAAAUUCCAAAGAAUUUAAUACCGUAUGGAAUUGUCCCGUAGGAUCGAACAUGAAUCCUUCAAGAAAAUGUCAUCUGUGGUAAAAUAAUUGUGUUUUGAAUUGAUAAAAAACUUGGUGCUUCAUUAUUUAUCAUUGAUAUCAUUGAUUAAUCAAAUAUUUAAAAAUUUGUGAUAUAAAACCAAUAAGAAUUCACGUAUAAAACA